UCUGCGCUGAAGGCCAUGUGCACCUCAAUACGAAACUAUCAGAGGGUUUUCCUCCUUUUCCUCCAGAACGCCAUGCAGAUCGUGGGCUUCAUGGAGGACGAGGUGAAGUCGGUGCUGGAGCUGGUGGCCGCCGUGCUGAAGCUCGGCAACAUCGAGUUCAAGCCGGAGUCGCGCUGCAACGGCACCGACGAGAGUCGCGUUAAAGACAAGAACGAUUUGAAGGAGAUGUGCGAGCUGCUCGGAAUCGAGCAGUCUGUGCUGGAAAGAGCGUUCAGCUACCGCACGGUAGAGGCCAAGCAAGAGAAAGUGUCCACUACGCUGAAUGUGGCUCAGGCCUACUACGCCCGAGAUGCCCUCGCCAAAAAUCUCUACAGUCGCCUGUUUAGCUGGCUGGUUACCAGGAUCAAUGAAAGCAUUAAAGCACAAACGAAAGCUCGCCACAAGGUCAUGGGGGUGCUCGACAUCUAUGGCUUUGAGAUUUUUGAGGACAACAGCUUCGAGCAGUUCAUCAUCAACUACUGCAACGAGAAGCUGCAGCAGAUCUUCAUCGAGCUGACGCUGCGUGAGGAGCAGGAGGAGUACGUCAGAGAGGGCAUUGAGUGGACCAACAUCGAAUACUUCAACAACGCUGUUAUCUGCGACCUCAUCGAGAACCACCAAAACGGCAUCUUGGCCAUGCUGGACGAGGAGUGCCUGAGGCCGGGGACGGUCACCGACGAGACCUUCCUGGACAAGCUGAACACCAUCUGCGCCGGGCACCAGCACUUUGAGAGUCGCCACAGCAAGAAUUCCAAGUUCCUCACGGACCACAGCCUGCCGCACAACUGCUUCCGCAUCCAGCACUACGCCGGCAAGGUGCUGUACCGGGCCGAGGGCUUCGUGGACAAGAACAACGACCUGCUGUACCGGGACAUGUCCCAGGCCAUGUACAAGGCCAAACACGGCCUCAUGAAACAGCUGUUCCCCGAGGGCAACCCGGCCAAAGUCAACCUGAAGAGGCCCCCGACGGCUGGAUUCCAGUUCAAGGCGUCAGUGGGGACGCUGAUGAGGAACCUGCUAACCAAGAACCCGAACUACAUCCGGUGCAUAAAGCCCAACGACAAGAAGGCCUCCCACAUCUUCACCGACACUCUGGUGUGCCACCAGGUGCGCUACCUCGGCCUGAUGGAGAACGUCCGCGUGAGGCGGGCGGGCUACGCCUUCCGCCAGGCCUACGAGCCGUGCCUGGAGCGCUACAAGAUGCUCUGCAAGCGGACCUGGCCCCACUGGAGAGGCCCCGCCAGGGAAGGCGUGGAGGUACUGAUGGCCGACCUGCAGGUCCCAGCCGACGACUUCUCCUACGGCCGCUCCAAGAUCUUCAUCAGGAACCCAAGAACGCUCUUCUCCUUGGAGGAGCGGAGGAGGCAAUGCCUGCAAGACCUGGCCAGCCUCAUUCAGAAGAUCUACCGCGGCUGGAAGUGCCGCUCCCACUUCCUGCUGCUGAAGAAGAGCCAGAUAGUGGUGUCAGCGUGGUACCGCCGAUACGCGCAACAAAAGAAAUACCAGAAGAUCAAGAGCGCCACCACUGUGGUGCAGUCCUACACCAGAGGAUGGCAGGCACGCAAACUCCUGAGAGAGCUGAAAUAUCAGAAGCGAUGUGAAGAGGCGGUGACCACCAUCGCAGCCUUCUGGCACGGCACCCAGGCUCGGCUGGAGCUGAGGCGUCUAAAACAAGCCGUGCAGAAUAAACGUGCUGUGACAGUUAUUUGGGCAUUCUGGCAGGGAACCAAGGCCCGGAGAGCGCUUCGUCAGCUGAAGGAGGAGGCGAGGAGUAAACAUGCCGUGUCGGUCAUUUGGGCCGGCUGGCAGGGCACCAAGGUUCGCAGAGACUACAGAAAAUUCUUCAGGGCAAAUGCGGGCAAGAAGAUCUACGACUUCACCAUUCAGAGAAUUAUGCAAAAGUACUUCCUGGGGCUGAAGAGCUCGUCGCCCCCCAUGUCACCCGUAGACAAGAGCUGGCCUGCCAGGCCCUACCGCUUUCUGGACGGAGUCCACGCCGAGCUGCGCAAGAUCUUCCACCACUGGAGGUGCAAGAAGUACAGGAGCCAAUUCACAGAGGAGAAGAAGGCCGUUUACGAGGAGAAGCUGGAGGCCAGCGAGAUCUUCAAAGACAAAAAGGCUCUCUACCCGAGCAGCGUGAGCCAGCCCUUCAGAGGGGACUACCUGGAGAUCACCAAGAACCCCAAAUACCAGAAGCUCAACAGCAGCGUGGACGCCAAGGUCCUGCUGGCCGACGUGGUCAACAAGAUCAACCGGGCCAACGGCAAGGGCACGGCUCGGAUCUUCCUGCUGACUAAAAAGGGCGUGGUGCUGGCCGACCAGAAGACCGGGCAGGUGAAGGCCAGCGUCCCCCUGCCGGACCUCGCCAGCGUGUCCGUCAGCACGCAGAGCGACGGCUUCUUCGCUCUGAAGCUCAAAGAGGGCUCGGCCUCUGCCAUCAAGGGGGACUUCUUGCUCAGCAGCGAGCGUCUGAUCGAGAUCAUCACCAAGCUCCACCUCACCGGGGGGGGGGACAGCGAGCGGCUCAACAUCGACAUCUCGGACGAGUUUCUGGUGCAGUUCAAUCACGACAAAGUGUGCGUGAAGUUCGUCCAGGGGGGGGCCAAGAACGGCAACGGGGCCUCCUGCAAGCGCAAGAACAACCGGCUGCUGGAGGUGUCGGUGCCCACGACCGCGUAGUGCAGCCCCCCCCCCCCCCCCCCGAGCCACCGGAUGAAUGCAGUCAUUUGGCUUGUGGUGGCGGUUUUUUUCUCCCCCCCCCCCCUCCCCCCCUCAUUCAGUUCAUUUCUUAUCAGAUUUACUCUUGGCACCAUUACAGAUGUAACCAUGUGCCACUUUCCGCCACAGAGGUUUGGUGAAUGAUGUCGCUGGUGCUUUGUAAAACGGGGGUGAAGGGUUAAAAAUGGAUUGGGGGGAGGGGGGGGGGAAUAUAUUUCACAAGAAGGUUCCGUAUAGCAGUGGCAAUUUUAAUGAUUGUUCCGUCUGUAUGUUGAGUUCUUCUUUAGAGCAAAUGUCAUAAGAGCUUUGUGACGAGCUUCAGCCUCAACUGGCCUUGACUCAUGCAUUUUUUAAGCGGCUUUAAGCUGACGUCUUAGAACUUAAGAUGAACUGGGAACUUUAGGGCUCGGCCUGUCGGAUUUAGAUUCUCUGAAGAACUUUAUUACUGCACUUGUUUUCACCCCGGUGUAACCAAAAGAGGAGCUGAAAAUGAUUUGAUUGUAUGUUUUAUUUUCUAUAUAUAUAUAUAUAUAUAUAUUUUCUCUGAAACAGAACCAUGGGCAGUCGAGAAGAGAAAUGUAAUUUGCUAGAUCAUCGUAAAACCACUUGUGUAUCCUCCUGUAUGUGCCAUUGAACAGGUCCUAGGACUCACCGGCGUUCCAAUCGCAAACGUAGAAAACCAGGCAGGCGACGGCCCCCCGUGUCCAAAAAAAUGUUUCUUCCCUUUUUGACGGCACCAAACCACGUGAUCAGCUUCGAUUUGCUCCACGCGCACAUUCUGUAAACCUCUUCCAGCCAAACGUCAUUAAAGACACUGACAAACACGCGUUCUAGUGGAAGGAAAAGAUGUCUUCAGCAGAGCCAAAGUGUUU